UCAAAAUGACUUGGCUUGAACACAAACCUGCUGAUUGAUGCAUUUUUUGUUUAACAAUAAUAGUUAAUUUGCACGGUUUUAUUACCCAAAAACUUUACUUGAUCUCGUUAACAUCCCCCGUUUAGUCAAUUUCCUGGUAAACUGGUUGCAAUGGAGCCAUCCACCUCGUCGGCGUCCGGCGUCAUUUCCGAAAACAAGUUGAAAAUGUGGAAAAUAUUUCGAAACGUGGGGGCGGAUGGAGAGGAAAUUUUGAAAACGGCGAAAUUGGCACAUGCUGCCGACUCAAGGCAUGGAUUCGUCGUCACCAUGACGGACGAAACAUAUUCCUUCGUCUGUGAAAAUCCUAGCGCCGGCGUGUAUAAAAUUUCCAAAAUUCCGGAGCUUUCCGGUGUCCAGGUUAAAGAAUUUUUAACGGGAUCAGUCAACUAUGCAAUCACGGAGGACGGACGCCUCUUCUCCUGGUCGAGUGAGCUCGAUGGAAUUGAAGCCUACAAUCGGCACCUUGUCGAUCAACUAGGGCGCCACGUUUCUUGUCGUGCGACGGAUAAAAUAACCUUGUUUUAUCGCCCUGCCCCCGUUACCGAAAGUCUGCCGGGGGUCAAAGUACGUCAACUCGCGUUGCCCGGAUGUAAGGGGACGUACACCGUGGCGUUAAGCUUGGGCGGGGAAGUCCAUCAGUGGGGUUUCUCAAUUCAUAACAGUUGGAAACCAAAUUUGAUUUCAAAGAAACACUUUGACUUCCAGGAGAUCAUCUCUGUCACGUGCAGUGACAGGAUGGGUGUGGCUUUAACUUCCAAAGGAGAGUUAUAUCAAUGGGAGGUGCUCCUUGUGCCACGAAAAGUCUUGGGUGGGGGGUCCGUACCAUUUAAAAAGAUAACGGGAAGCUCCGGCUAUAUUUUCGCACUCACUGUUAAAGGGCAAAUGGGCUAUUUCGUGAUAGAUACUGAAUAUUGGAGGUCAGAUGACAAUAGUUCCGAAGAAGAUUCGUGGUCCGGGGCAGGUUCGGACCACGACGAUUCCAGUGUGGACGACGAUGCGCCUAUUGAAGAUCUCGCAUCCUGUGGCCCGGCUGGAAACCUGGUCGUUGUCGAGUUGAAGAAUAAUACACGAUUUACGUUUUCUUACUGUCAAAAUGAGAACCUUUAUCCUCCUCACAUUCCGUCCUUUACUUUGCCAAGCGGUGCGUCGAUAGAUGAACUUUUCUCUAAAUUUGGUAGCACGUGCUACCAAACUAUUUCGGCGCAGAUUGAACCACCUCCACGCAGAAUGAGUGAUGAUAUUUGCAACUUGUGGCAGAAUAAGGAACAUGCCGACGUGACAUUUUCCGUUGACGAGAAAGUCAUCAUGGCGCAUAAAUGCAUUCUUGCCGGAAGAAGUGACUAUUUUAAAAAAAUGUUCAGAAAUGAGUGGAACAAGGCGAAGGGAGGAUCGUCGGCGAUUGAGGUCAAGGAUGUGAAGCAUGCGAUAUUUGAAGCCCUGCUCGUCUACAUUUACACGGAGAAGAUCAAAUUCAAGGAGAACGAGUAUCGAAAUAUUUUUGACCUUAUGAAAUUGGCUGACUCUUAUCGAGAAGUCAAUAUUCGUCACGAAUGUGAGAAAAUUCUGAUCAGAAAUAUCAACGCGGAAAAUGCUUUCUUUUUGGCGAGAAACGCUUCCUCCGCGAACGCUUUGACUUUGGAGGGGAAAGUGAUCAAAUUUAUUGUGAAUAAUCAACUCCUCGUCAACAAUUCAUCGAUUCUCAAAAUGAUCGAAUUAGUGGGGAUAGACGCCUUCCAAAAAAUCUCGGUUGCCUUAGUUCAACUUUACAAAUAGUUUGUAAUUCUGAGCAAUUAUUGAAAUGCAAAAGCAAUCAUUAGUCACCGGUUAUAAUUUAUGUAAAUUGUAAUUGUCACGUGUAAUAAAAUUAUUGCAAUAUGAA